AUGAAGCUCUUCAAGCCCAGCACCCCCGAGCAACAGCUCGCGUCGCUGAGGCCAUCGGAGACACAGAAGGUGUCGCAGAAGAUCAUCGAGGGCAAGACGCCAACUCCCACGGAGGUGAUCAACUACUUCAACGGCGAGUUGAAGAAGCGCAUUUGCUUCUUGGACGGCGGCAUGGGAACACGGAUCCAGGCGGAGAAUCUGCAGGAGGAGGACUACCGUGGCGAUCGGUUCAAGGACUUCAGCGAGAAGGACGCCAACGGUAUCCCAGUGUCCCUGAAGGGCAACAACGACCUCCUCAUCUUCACGAAGCCAGACAUGGUCAAAGACAUCCACAAGGAGUACUUCCUUGCUGGCUCGGACAUCUGCGAGACCAACACCUUCAAUGGCACCACGGUCUCGCAGGGUGAGUACAAGAUGCAAGCCAUUGUGCACGAAAUGAACAAGGUGGGAGCACAGCUGGCCAAGAAGGCGGCAGCAGAGGUCACAAAGGAAGAGCCACACAAGCCCCGAUUUGUGGCAGGUGCAGUGGGACCCACCAGCCGCACGCUGAGCGUGUCGCCAAGCGUGGAGGAUCCCUCCUUCCGCAACGUGACUUGGGAUGAGCUGGUUGAUGCCUACAAGCAGCAGGUCAGCGGCCUUGUUGAGGGUGGAGUGGACCUGCUGAUGAUCGAGACGGUCUUCGACACACAGAACUGCAAGGCUGCCAUCUUUGCAGUGGACCAGUACUUCCUGGAGGCGAAGACGGAGCGGCUGCCUGUGAUGCUGAGCGCCACCAUCGUGGACAACAGCGGCCGCACCUUGUCUGGGCAGACCAUCGAGGCUUUCUAUGUCAGCGUGAAGCAUGCCCAGCCAUUCACCGUUGGAAUCAACUGCGCCCUGGGUGCUGCGCAGAUGAAGGGCUUCUACAAGAAGCUGGCGGACAUGAACGCGGGGUGGUGCCAUGUCUACCCCAACGCUGGCCUACCCAACGCCAUGGGUGGCUACGAUGAGGACCCCGAGAUCUUCUCCGACAACAUCCUGGACUACGCCAAGGACGGCAUCCUGAACUUUGUGGGAGGCUGCUGCGGCACCUUCCCGUCGCACAUCAAGGCCGUUUGCGAUAAGGUGAAGAGCUGCCCGGUGCGCACUCUACCGGAGUUGCCCAAGUACCCCAGCAUGAUGCUCUCUGGGCUUGAGCCAUGCAGCGUGGACAAGGAGGCAGGCUUCCAGUGGGUCGGCGAACGCUGCAACCUCAUGGGCUCAGCCAAGUUCAAGAAGUUGGUGGAUGCCUACAAGUGGGAUGAGGCCAUGGAGGUCUGUGUUGCCCAGUGCGAGAAGAAGGCGGACAUCUUGGAUUUCAACUUCGACUCGGACCUCAUCGAUGGCCAGUCCGCCAUGAGCAAGUUCAUGAGGCUCUGCGUCACGGAGCCUACAGUCGCUCGGCUGCCCUUCAUGAUCGACUCCUCGAAGUGGCCCGUGGUGGAAGAGGGCUUGAAGUGCGUGCAGGGCAAGUGCAUUGUGAACUCCAUCUCCCUGAAGGUUGGUGAAGAGGAGUUCCUGCGCCAGGCAAAGCUUUGCAUGCGCUAUGGCGCCGCCGUAGUCAUCAUGGCCUUCGAUGAGAAGGGCCAGGCCGCCACCUUCGAAGACAAGGUUCGGAUCUGUCAGCGCAGCUACAGGUGCCUGCGCGAGAACAUCGACUUCCCGCCAGAGGAUAUCAUCUUCGACUGCAACGUGCUCACGAUUGCCACGGGCCUGCCCGAGCACAACUCCUAUGGCAUCGACUUCAUCAACGCCGUGGCGGAGAUCAAGCGCACCUGCCCAUGCGUCUCCUUUUCCGGAGGCCUCAGCAACCUGUCUUUCUCCUUCCGCGGCCUCAACUCCCUCAGGGAUGCCAUGCACAGCGUCUUCCUCUACCAUGCCGUUCCGAAGGGCCUGAACAUGUCCAUCGUGAAUCCAGGCCUUCCCCGCUACACCGACAUUGAUCCCAACACGCGCAAGUUGGCAGAAGAGGUGAUCCUGAAUCAAUCCGCUGAUGGCAAGCACGUGGAGCGCUUCCUAGAGUUUGCGGAGGCUGUGCGCAAGCCGGCGCCAACUGCGGCAGCUGCGGGCGCCGCCCCGGCCAAGGAUGCCUGGCGCAGCGGCACCUACACGGAGCGCCUGCACUACGGGUUGGUUAACGGCAUCGACAAGUUCAUUGAGCAAGACACAGAGGAGGCCCGUGCAGAUUUGAACGUGCCCCUCUAUGUCAUUGAGGGCCCGCUGAUGCAAGGCAUGGGCAUCAUCGGAGACCUCUUCGGGGCAGGCAAGAUGUUCUUGCCGCAGGUCAUCAAGAGUGCCCGAGUCAUGAAGAAGGCCGUGGCUUACCUCACCCCCUUCAUGGAAGAGGAGAGACGAGCAGCUGCCCUCGCUAACAAUGAGGACCCCGACCAGCCCAAGUACAACGGCGUUGUGCUGAUGGCAACGGUGAAGGGAGACGUGCAUGACAUUGGCAAGAACAUUGUGGGCGUCGUGCUGGGCUGCAACAACUUCAAGGUAGUCGACAUGGGUGUGAUGGUGCCCUGCGAAAACAUUCUGGACAAAGCCGUUGAGGAGAAGGUGGACGUCAUCGGGCUCUCCGGGUUGAUCACCCCGUCCCUAGACGAGAUGGUCUACGUGGCCGAGCAGAUGAAAGCCCGCGGCAUGAAGGUGCCUUUGAUGAUCGGCGGCGCCACCACAUCCAAGCGACACACCGCCGUGAAGAUCAUCCCCAAGUACGAUAACGGAGUGAUCCACGUGCUGGACGCAAGCAGAAGCUGCACCGUGGUCAGCGCCCUCAUGUCGGCAGACAAGCAAACGUACCUUGAUGAGAUCAAAGAGGAGUACUCUGAGAUCAGGGACGAGUAUUAUGCCACCUUGGUUGACAAGAAGUGGAAGUCGCUAGCCGAGGCGCAAAAAAAGAAGCCGGAGCUUGAUUGGAACAAGCUGCCGCCCAAGCCGAAGUUCGUGGGCAACUUGUGCAUCAAGGACCAUCCCAUCGAUGAGAUUAUGGAGUACAUCGAUUGGACUCCAUUCUUCCAGGUGUACCAGCUGCGCGGCAAAUAUCCGAACCGUGACUACCCGCACAUCUUCAAGGAUGAGCGCGUCGGCCCGGAAGCCAAGAAGCUUUUCCAGGAGGCGAAGGACAUGCUGGCAUGGAUUGUGAAGGAAGGGCUCCUGAAGUGCUCAGGAGUCGUGGGCAUCCAUCCUGCCAACGCCGUCGGCGACGACAUCGAGGUCUACACCAAUGAGAACCGGGACACUGUGAAAUGCAAGUUCUACGGGCUGCGCCAGCAGCUGGACAUGGGCGAGUCAACAUAUUGGUGCCAGGGUGACUUCAUUGCCCCCAAG